CCCUCCUUUCUGGCCGCGCGAAUGUGCGCCGCGCGAAAUCUGUGGAUGAGUCCACGUGGUUUGGUGUCUGUGGCUUCGUUCAUGGACACGUUAAAGCGUCUUGGCUGGCACCUGUCGGAGAAGGGGAUCGAAGAAUGUAAGGGGCUAUCCCCCGGCGUGGACACGGACGCCAUCGUCAAAGCGGCCCUCAAUGGCGACCUGCGCUCCAUCGGGGACAAGUUCCUGCCGGAGGAGAUCACGCGGGGGAAGGUGGACAAGCUGCAGGGUCCGCUGGUCCUGCAGGUGGUGAAGGUGCGGAACGUCGCCGCCCCCCGGGAGCAGGAGAGCUGCCAGGGAGCCCCCCGCAUGCUGCGCCUGCAGCUCACGGACGGGCACAUCACCUGCCCCGCCAUCGAGUUCCGAGCGCUGUCGGCGAUCGGGCUGAAUACACCCCCGGGGAGCAAGGUGUGCCUCAAUGGUUCGAUCCAGGUCGUCAAUGGCUUCAUGCUGCUGGAAGAGUCCAACGUCCGCCUGCUGGGGGGGGUCGUCGAGCACCUGGUGGAGAAGUGGCAGCUCCAGCAGACCUCGGCGUUGGCAUCGCAGUUCCCGCCACGGAUGCGCACGGACGUGAUCGUGGCCGGGAGUUUGCCUCCCGCCCCGCGUCAGGAGCGACGUCUCGGUCUCGGACACGGCAGCGGACGUCCCCCCCCGGCGCGGAUCGCCAACCGAUGACGCCGCGCGGUUGCAGGUCGCAAGUCAAUUCUCCCGAUGGAGCGCCCGUCAGGAAUUCUGGAGUUCAGGUCGGAGGAGGUCACCGAGCGGCGGGGCGCCCUUCAUGCCGCCCGCGGACAGCCGCGCGAUUACCGCGCACGUCAAAUGCCGCAGGUGUUUGCGUCGCCCAUCGAUCAACUUGGGGGUGCCUCUCGCUCGCCCGCUUUCUCAUCGGCGCCCUUGUUGGCUUUAGUCUCUCCGCUGGGUCCGGCGAGCCCCUGCGCCAAACUCCCGUAACCCUUUCACCCUCCUCCGUCCUGCGCGCACGUUCGGCCGGAGCUCUACACUGACUGCUGCAGCUUGAGAGAGAGAGAGAGGGAGAA